AUGGAGUCUGCCUUCCUUGAUGAGUCCCUCCCGAGCGAUGAGCUGAACCACAUAAUGAUUGAGUUUCCCCUAAAGGAUCAAUUGGACUACCUGCAGAAGCUGCAUUCGUGCUCGAUCACCUACGAGGGCAGUCCCGCUGCCAGCGCGGAGGUGCUGUGCCUGCCGACGCCCCUCACGGGGGAGCACUUUGCCUUUCUGCUCGAGGGGGGCGCAGCUGAUUUAGACGUCACGGAGGGGAGCUCAGCAGAUGAAGGCGCCGCAAAUGUAGGCGAAGAUGGUCCAGACGCCACGGAGGGAAGCUCAGCAGAUGAAGGCGCCGCAAAUGUAGGCGAAGCUGAAUGGUCGUUAGGCAGUGAAAAUCUCGAUGCCGCUACCCCCCCCGCGGGGGGGAACGCCGGUCGGGAGAAACUCAUGCGCGACAUCCUCUUCCUGUGCUUCCACAAGAACGGGUGCGAAUACAUAAUAAAGAAGAUGAAGGAGAGCGAAAACACAGAGGAAAAAAGGAUAAUACAAAAAUCGCUCCUACUAGAUGCAGCGUCCCUAUGCCCAGACGUCUACGGAAGUUACGUUGCCCAAAGUGUAUUCGACCUAAGUGAUGAUACAUAUAAGGAGCGCUUCACAGAUGAGUUCCUCAAACAGACCAGCUUCCUCUCUCUCCACACAUAUGGGUGUAGACUCAUACAGAAGUCGCUGGAAUCUCUGGGCAAUGAGUACAAGAGUAAAAUUUUUAAAGAGCUACAGAAUGACUUAAUUACCUACAUCUGCCAUCAAAAUGGGAACCACGUGAUACAGAAGUGCAUCGAAGUGUUGCCAUCUGGACACAUAGACACCAUCAUAAGUAAUAUUGAGGAGUACUUGCCUUUUUUAAGCUCCCAUGCGUAUGGGUGUCGAAUCGUCCAACGCAUUUACGAAAUUGGGAGUGCCAACCAGAUAAACAGGCUCAAUGAGAAAAUUGUGAAGAAGAUACAUUUAAUUAAAAACAGGUAUGGCAAUUACGUCAUUCAAAAGUGCUUUGAGCACUCGGACGAUGCAGUCAGGUUCACCAUCACCGAUGAGAUUGUCACCGAUAUUUACAAGUUGGCUGCUCACAAGUAUGCCUGCAACAUCAUCGAGAAGAUCCUCCUCAAAAAGGAAUACAAAUAUAAAAAAAAAAUCAUCAAGAAAAUUGUGAGUGACAUUUCGGAUGGGAACGACAGCAUCAUCGCCAUUUGUAAAGACUGCUACGGAAACUUCAUGAUGCAGAAACUGCUGACCACGUGCAGGCGGAAGGAGAGAACCGUAAUUAUCAAAACGAUCAUAGAGAACGUCGACAAGCUUAAGGACGAGACGUACGGCAAGUACAUCUUGAGAGCGAUCAGCAACCUGGAAACGUAG